ACUACUACGACUACGACUACGACUACGACUACGACAACUCGUAGUAACUCUCCAGCUCCUGCUUCAGCGUCGCUCGCUCCCUUCUCUCACCCUUCUUCGUUCUCUUCUAUUUCCCAGAAUGUGUCCGCCCGCAUGAUGGAAGUUGAUACUACAACUCUGGCGGAAGACCGUUCUCGUCGCGCGACUAGUGUCUUGUCAAUGGAUGAUAUCGAAGCCGCCCAAGCACUCGAAGGACUUCGUACAGACUUUGGCUCCUCGCCUAGGGCUGCGCAACAAACUUCCGCAAUCCCUCCGGAAUCCACAUCACAGCCAGAGCCUCUACUGUCGCUAUUAACUUCCACUCACCCCUUCAUUUCAUCUGCGAUCAGUGGAUCCGUGUCUGCGUACACCUCCUCCAAAUCAUAUUCGCCUCGUUUCAAGUCAGGCGCCGAGUUUAUCGAGCGCAAUAUCGGUUCUCACGUUGCGAACGUUGCCAAUACCGUCAACACCGUCGGCCGAAAAACUGGGGUCGAGAGUGGUCUGCGGUGGGCACUGCAAAGACACGCAUCCACAUCAUCUGAUCCCAAUCGGUCAAAACGCCGGAAGGUAGGCGUCGACCCGCAUCCUACUGGGGGAGAUCUCGAACGGGGCGUGGGAGCCGGGAUGGAUGCCAAUCAGAUAUCUAACCCGCCGGGGCCAUAUCUCAAUGAGUCUCUGCCUCCGUAUGACGACGAUAAAUCACCCAAUUAUGAUGACAUCGGCCCGGAAAACUCCACCCGCCAGGGAACUUGGCAGACGCGGCUCAUGAUUUCAACAUCUGGACUGGGAGUCGCGAUGAGCGAGGAGUCUCUCCGCAGCUUGCAGUACUGUCUUACCUGGCUGCGCUGGGCCAACGGACGGCUUGGAAAGGCAAUUGUCGCCCUGCAAGAGACUUUGAAGGAGUGGGAUGCGAAUGGCGACGACAAGGACGCCGCCAACAAGACGCAAUUGUCGCAGCGCAUACAGGCGCUCAAGCAGGAUGUGCUCUCCACUCUAAAACAAGUGGUCGACGUCGUCUCCAAGUAUGCCGGUGGAGCGCUCCCCGAGAAUGCACGACAUUUGGUUCGUCGCCAUCUUACCUCGCUCCCGCACCGUUUCCAGAUGGCGUCGUCGUCCUGCGAAGACGAGUCGGCCUCUUCUGAUGCUACUAACGGCGCACGGCGCAUUCUGGUUCUCGCGCAAGAAGGCCUGGAUAUGAUGUCGCAGGUCAGCGGGGUUGUUAACGACACCCUGGUCAGUGCCGAGCACUGGUGCGAGAGGCUCGGCCGCAACCGUCCCAGCAAGAACACGAGCGAAGCUCAGCCGCCUGGACCUCGUGAGGCGCAGUACCGCUCCGACAUCAAACAGCCGAUUCCCGAUGUGCCGCAACAUACCCCGAUGACCGGGAUAGAGAAG